GGGGGCCUUCGGGACGACCACAUGAUCAGGCUGUUGGAGCAGUUGCUGAGCAACCACAGCUGCUGGGCGUGGUCUACGCCGACCUGUGCCGUUCUGGUGUAUCUGAGUAUUCCUAAAGAAAACAAGGAAACCUAGGCCUGAGGUCCCGGGGUGAAGGGCCUGGGGGGCGAAAGGAAACAGACUAUGGAAAGGAAUGAUAUCAUUGACUUCAAGGCUUUGGAGAAAGAGCUGCAGGCUGCACUCACUGCCGAUGAGAAAUAUAAACGGGAGAAUGCUGCCAAGUUACGGGCUGUGGAGCAGAAGGUGGCUUCCUAUGAGGAGUUCAGGGGUAUUGUCCUUGCAUCACAUCUGAAACCACUGGAGCGGAAGGACAAGAUAGGAGGGAAGAGGACUGUGGCCUGGAACUGUCACGCUACUCAGAGAGGGACCUCUCAGGACGAGACCACUGAAAUCUCCCAGGAGAAAACACUUUUCCAGCCUGAGACCUCUGCAGAGUUCUACCGUGAUUGGCGCCGGUCCUUGCGGAGUGGGCCAGAGCGCUACCAGGCCCUGCUGCAGCUCGGAGGUCCAAAGCUGGGUCACCUCUUCCAGACGGACGUGGGGUUUGGACUUCUAGGGGAGCUGCUGGUGUCACUGGCGGAUCAUGUGAGGCCGGCCGACCGGUUGGUGGUGCUAGGGAUCCUGCGCAGCCUGGCCAGCACCGGGCGCUUCACCCUGAACCUGAGCCUGCUGAGCCACACGGAGAGAGAGAGCUGCAGAGGCCUAUUCCAGAAGCUGCAGGCCACGAGUGCUCCCAGACCCACAGAGGAGGGGCUCAGCCAGGGGGAGCGGGGUCUGGAGGAGCAGCCUGGUGGGCUCCAGGAAGAGGAGAGGCUCCUGCAAGAGCUGCUAGGGCUGUACCAGGUGGAUUGACAGGACCAGUUACCUUCAGAGGCCCCCAGUGGCUACUGGGGGCAUUUUUUGCUUGUUGUCCUGGGGGCUCUGCAGCACUGUAAUGAGAAGCCCACACCUAAUUCCCUUCUCAGCUUGGAAUUUUCAGACCAUAUGCAGGAAUCGAAUCUUCCCCACUUCCCCAGCCACCUUGGUGGCUCAGUAUUCUGAACCAUGUAGAUUAAUAGGAUGGUCAAGGGCCCAAGAACUUGAAAGAGUUUUGCUUCCCAUCCUUAGAGUCUGCCAAGCCCCUAGCCUGUGGCCCUGAGAGACGAGUAUGUGCCCAACCGAAUGCUGGCUAUUCCAGUUAAAGCCUCUACUAAAAUAAAUAAAUAAAUAAACAAACAAACUAAUUAAUUAAUUAAAUAAAAAAGAAAAAAAAAGAAAAAUCAUCAAUCUUCCAUGGUAAACAAAUACCGAUCUCCAUAGCUCUUAACAAGA